UAGGAUCACAAGUCAAAUCUGUUAAAAUUCUUCCAUAGAUUUCAAUUCAAGAUUCAACUACCAGCUCGCUUUAGUCUAGACUUGCAAAAGGAGUGUAUAACCUUUCAGAUCACCUUCCCACCUUGAGCUUAUUCUAUGGCUGUGAGCACUUGAAAUCAUUCACCUGCAAACCACUAAAUUAUGAUAAUAAUCGAUUAUCUGUCAGAGACCUAAAAAAAUGCUGCCACAAGAAAUACUGAAAUAUUACGUUAUUUUACAAAGGUUACACUUGAGACCUUCAGCAGAGACUGAACCUGAUGACAGAUCUGAUGGGAGCCUGGAAGCUAACAAACACACACCGCAAACCAGAAUACAUGCAAGCCAGUAACACUGCACUGUGAAACCCCACACAGCAGAGAUGAAGCCCAAUAUGGUUAUUCCAGCCAGAGUCUCAUUCAAUCACCCCACACCCGACUUCUCGCCUGCCCUCAUUUAAUAAAACACAUUCAUUUACAGGAAAAACUGAAAUGUUUCAAUCUCGUGGAUAUCUAGCUCAUUCUCUCCAGUGCACCUGUAAAAUAACUGAUAUUUGAAAGCAAACGACAAUUUUACGGAGAAAAAGAUGGCGUAUUAACGAUGGGGCUGGAAUACUACUCCUAAACAGUAUUAUGGGGCAUAUUUGAAUGUGGAACGCGUUUCCAGAGACAAGCCGAGAGAUGUGUGUACUGGGCCUUUAAAGGUGUUUUGCAUCCGGAGCAGCUCCCCCAUAUCCCCCAGACAGGCCAACGUCUCACCUACAGCAUCACAAACCAGUUUGUUUACAAGGGCUUAAGCAGCUGCUGUGGUCCCCUGGUUCACUAUGGCCCAGAACCAAGUGAUUCUGCAGUUCCGCUUCUCCACAUUUGGAGACUCCAUGCUACAGAAGAUGAACCUUCUGCGACACCAGAGGCGCUUCUGCGAUGUUACUGUUCGCAUCAACCAGCUGGAGGUCCCUGGUCACAAAGUGGUGUUUGCUGCUGGCUCCUCUUUCUUAAGGGACCAGUUCAUCCUUCAGCAGGACUCCAGGGAGGUCCAGAUCUCUAUGAUCCAGGAGGCAGAAGUUGGCCGACAGCUGCUGCUGUCCUGCUACACUGGCCAGCUGGAGUUUCCUGAGCUGGAGCUGGUGCAUUACCUGACAGUGGCCAGCUUCCUCCAGAUGGGCCACAUUGUAGAGCAGUGCACUCAGGCCCUCAGCAAGUUCAUCAAACCACAGGCUCCACGCCAGCUGGAGGUGGAUGUAAACAUGCGGAGGGAGAAGAGGGAGGAGAGUUUAUCCUCCCAGGCAAGGAUAGAACAAGAGCGCUCUCAGGUGCGGACUGUCCAUCAGGAGGAGGAGGAAGAGGAGGAGGAGGAGGAAGAGCUAGUGGAGCAGGUGGAGCAGGAUAAUAACGAUGAUGAAAGCGAAGAUGAUGAUGUGAUUAUACAGCCCAAAAGCCCUGUCCAGAUCUUGACCAGGCGUCCAAGGCAAGGCAUAGUGGAGAGUGACAUCACUAUAGUAAAGGUGGAGUCUGUGUCUGAUGUUGCAGAGAACUCCAUCACCGGUCACUUCUCCACCAGCCCUCCUGCAGAGCUCCACUCCCCUGAGCCCCAGCACUCGCUCAUUAAUUCCACCGUCGACAGCCGCAGCAGUGAGAUGGCGGUUCCGCCUGGCGUGGCGGGAUACCCACUUAGCCCUCCUCCUUCAUCUCCACCUGCAGAGAAACACAGCGGACACCAGAGGAACUACGACAAGCCUCUCCAGUGGUACCACCAGUGCCCCAAGUGUGCCCGAGUCUUCCGCCAACUCGAGAACUACGCCAACCACCUCAAGAUGCACAAGCUCUUCAUGUGCCUGCUGUGCGGUAAGACCUUCACGCAAAAGGGCAACCUGCACCGGCACAUGCGCGUUCACGCGGGCAUCAAACCCUUCCAGUGUAAGAUCUGCGGUAAGACUUUCACUCAGAAGUGCUCGUUGUUGGAUCAUCUAAACCUGCACAGCGGAGAUAAGCCGCAUCGCUGUAACUACUGUGACAUGGUGUUUGCUCACAAGCCAGUUCUCCGCAAGCACCUCAAACAGAUCCACGGGAAGAACAGCUUCGAUAAUGCAAAUGAAGGCAGCCUGCACGACGGCGGGGUGGACUUUGAAUUCGGACGAAUAUGAGAUCACUUUGGGCUUACUGGCUGUGCUGUUUGAGAACACAGUAACAAAGGCGGGCACGUGAGUGAGACAUUCACUGACAUGGAUGAUGGGCUACCUAAAGGAUACAAACAUGAACAAAGUUUUUCUGAUCGGCACAUCACUGUAGCUUCAUUACUGUGGACUAUUUGUCUUUCUUUUGUACAAUACAGUGUAGAUGCCUUCAUCUCAUACUUGAAAAUUGAAAAACACUGAAACGCAUCAUAAUAUUUGAACAUCGUUAGUUUUAUUAAUGCAUUGCCAUGUCUUUGUGUCUACCCUGUCCUUUAAAAAACUGCAGAAUGAACAGUAUCCAUUUUUAUGUUUUGUACACAAUCUGCUGUAUGAUUACUUUUUAAACUGUAUGACUAUGGCAAUGUGGACUUAGGAGAAACUUGAAAGAGUGGAGAUGCAACAUUAUUUUACAUAAGGCAAGCUAUGUCAUUUUGUCUUGGUGGCCAAAGUGUCUGUUAGCCUAAGGGGUCUUCUUUUUUUAAUAGAAUUUAUAUCUGAGGUACUAUUGGACCAAAGUGACAUUGUAUCUGUCCUGUGUUCAUGAAGGUCAAUGUGAGUUACGAAUAAAGAAAUA